UGUAUAAUUUAUUUUUAAUCUUAAGGAUUUGAAACUGUUUUUUUUUCCACCAAAAAUGACAUCAAGCUGCAGUACUUCAAACUUCGAUGAGCAUCGAUGGAUUAUUCAAAUCCGUCGAACACUCGAUGAAGAACUUGAAGAAGACACUGAAAUUCCAGUUAGCAUUUUCAAUGUACCAAAAGCCCUGUUGCUAAGCAACCAAGAUUGUUACGUGCCACAAUUGGUGGCAAUAGGCCCUUAUCACUAUUGGCGCUCGGAUCUACACGAUAUGGAGAGGUACAAGCUAGCUGCUGCAAAGAGAACUCAGAAACACCUCUAUAGCCUCAAAUUUCAACAUCUCGUUGAACAAUUAAUAAAAUUUGAGCAUAGAAUUCGUAGUUCGUAUCACAAAUACUUGAAUUUCAAUGGUGAAACUUUGGCCUGGAUGAUGGCGGUGGACGCCUCUUUCUUACUUGAAUUCCUUCAAAUCUAUGCUAUCAAAGAAGGUAAAAUUCUAACCAGAGUAUCCUCAAGAAUGUCACAUUUGGUUGAUGUUGCAGGGAGAAAAUCCGCGCAUAACGCUAUUCUUAGAGAUUUAAUUAUGCUCGAAAAUCAGAUCCCAUUGUUCUUACUAAGAAAAAUAUUGGAAGUCCAAUGUUCAUCUUUAGAGUUAGCAGACACAAUGUUGAUGUCAAUGCUAACCGGAUUCUGUAAAGAGCUUUCUCCAUUCCAAACGACAGACGAAUCCCCAAAAGUAAACAUCACAGAAUGCUCUCACUUGCUAGACUUUUUGUACCAAUUCAUCGUGCCCAAAUUAGACGUAACAACUUCUGAGAUAACAGAAGAUGAUCACGAACAAAGUAGCCCGAUUGAAGAAGAAAAUAUUACUUUAGGUGGAAAAUUAAGUCACAUCGCACAACUUGUUAAUGAAAUUUGGAAGAUCAUUGUGAAAAUAAACAGAGGACCAGUACGUUUUCUCAAGAAAAUUGUAUUUUCCAAACCAAUUAAAUUCUUAUUAAAAGUACCUUGGAAACUUUUUACUAAUCUUCCUGUGAUUAAACUUUUAAUUCAACCAAUUACAUAUUUAUUCUUUUCACAAGAAAAAGCAGAGGUAAUUUCCGAAAGCAACAUGAAUAAGCCUCCACUUUUUGAAGAAUUAGCCAUUCCAUCAGUAACAGAGCUUUCUGAAUCCGGAGUACAUUUCGUAGCCACCAGUGAAGGUAUCAUGAGCAUAAAUUUCGACGAUACAAAUAUCAAAUUUCAUUUGCCUAGAGUCAGUCUAGAUGUAAAUACAGAGGUAAUUUUGAGGAAUUUAGUUGCGUAUGAGGCAUGUAACGCAUCAGGGCCAUUGGUUUUUACACGUUACACUGAAUUGAUGAAUGGGAUUAUUGAUACCGAAGAAGACGCGGUGUUACUUAGAGAAAAGGGGAUAAUUUUGAACCGUUUGAAGAGUGAUAAAGAAGUUGCGAAGUUGUGGAAUGGGAUGAGUAGAUCGUUGAGAUUAACGAAAGUUCCGUUUAUUGAUAAAGUGAUUGAAGAUGUGAAUGGAUUUUAUAAUGGGAGAUGGAGUAUUAAGAUUGGAAAAAUGAUGAAGCAUUAUGUGUUUGGAUCAUGGCAGUUUCUCACAUUCCUGGCUGCUAUUAUGCUGUUAUUGUUGAUGACUUUACAAGCGUUUUGUUCCGUGUAUAAGUGUGCUCGUAUAUUUCAUACUCAAAAUUCUGGGUAGAGAUCAUACGAUCUAUGUACAUCUUAUCUUCUUCAGACCCCACUUGUGAAGCUACACUGGGUAAGUUAUAAGAAGUUGUUUAAUACUGAUGAAUGAUUCUUUUCUUUUUAUUUGUUUUAUUGUUAAAGUGUAAUAUUUAUUUCCUUAAGAUUAGCCUAAGCACAUAAGAUAAGAGUAAAUAGUUCUUUUUGUGAUCAGAUGCAUUGCUGUUGGUCGAAGAAAUGCUAAAGUGAAAGGUGGAUUUGUGCAAUUGUUUAGAGAAAAAAUGCAUGGUGCUUUAAUAAUUAUUUAUGUUUUUACGAAUUUGACGCUCUUAUGAUCUUUUUCAAGAUGCUUUUUCUCCAAGUUUUGGUGUACAGAAUAAUUUGUUGCUUUUGUUUGUUGAUAGAAGGAAAUAUAACGUACUAACAAUUAUCCUGUAAAAUUAGUCAAAGUGCAAAUAAGUUAGCUCAAUACCGCGUUUAGAAAAAAAGAAUAAGAAAGUAAUCUUUAAUUCUUUAGCUGUUACAAAUGAUUUGAUUCAAAAGAAAUGCGUCCAUUGACAAUCCGCUAUAUUAUAUUCAGUUAUAAUAAUAAUAUGAGUAUUUAUAAUCUAGCUAUAUAAAUACCACUAGAAACUAUAGUAACGGCGGAUGCAAAGACAUUAACAUAACUGUUGCUAAAUGCUUUUGCAACAAUACUAAAAGAUAGUUCAUUCAAACUAAAUAUCUCUUUUGUUAUAUUGUAAGACGAUUAAUCGAACUAAUAAACCAGAAGAUGUUAUAGAAAAAGAGUAGCACAGUACAUAAGCGCUGGUAUCACGUACCUAGCUACAAUCAGUAGUAAUCAAAAUCCAUAAGUACGCUUAUGGUAAAUUUGUAUUUUUUGCACUAGAUCAAGGAACUAAUGGUGGUGAAAAGAUUGGAACAAGAGGUGCAUUAAAUAUGGGGACAAGUGGAGGUGGCGGAGAAGGAACUAGUGGUGGUGGGAAUAUUAUAACCGGAGGCCAUAUUGGUAGAGGUGGCAAUGGAACUAGUGGUGGUGGAC